UUGCUCAAUAGAUUCUACCAUCAUGUCAAUAUACUCUUUCUUUUUCUUCAUCUUCUAUUUCUUUCUCAUCUUUAUCGGUACAGUUAAAUCUGACCCUGACCCGCUUCAAGACUAUUGCGUAGCACAAACACAGGGUUCGCAAACUUUUUUUGUAAACGGAGCUCCUUGCAUAAAUCCCGCCGAUGCCUCACCUUCUCAUUUUACUACAAGCGCAUUAUCCAAGCCCGGUAAUACUGCCUCUAAUCCUUUGGGGUUUAAUGUCACACUCACAAACAUUCGAAACCUUCCUGGAAUGAACACCCUUGGGUUAACAAUGGCCCGGGUCGAUAUAGCUGGAAAUGGGCUUGUGCCACCUCACACACAUCCACGUGCAUCCGAAGUAACCAUUCUCGUUAAGGGCUCGCUUUUGGUGGGAUUCGUUGACACAUCAAAUCGCCUUUUCACACAACAGUUACGUGAGGGCGAUGCAUUUGUUUUCCCCAAAGGUUUAAUACACUUUCUAUACAAUCUUGAUUCAAAGGCUUCGGCUUUAGCAAUUUCAGGCCUUACUAGCCAAAACCCUGGGGCACAACUAGCAUCGGCUGCUACGUUCACUACAAAACCAAGUAUUCCUGAUGAUAUCUUGAAAAAGGCAUUUCAGAUUAAUGGUCAAGAUGUGUCAAGGAUACGUAAAAACUUAGGUGGUUGAUGUCUACCGUUAUAUACUCCAUUUGGUAGCCAAAUUUAAAAAGUAACAUUUUUAUAUGCGUGAAAAAAAUAUAUGUAACAGAAUGAAAAUUGGUUUAUAAAAAAAAAUAUUUGUAUUUUAAUAAAUCAAUUUAGGUGAUAAUUACGUGUGGUUUGUUUUUCUGAUGUUCUUCUAUGACUAUGUGAAUGUUUAUUUUUCAAGAAAAAUGUUUAUUUAGUCUC